AUGAAUAAAUUAUUUUCCAUCACAUUUCUCUUACUUCUCUUUGCCCUUGUCACUACAUCAUCUUCUAAUCUAAUUCCUCGACAAUUAAGUCAAUUCCAAUUAUGUGAUAGUGGGAAAACAUAUCCAUUAUCCAUUACAACACUUACUUAUACUCCUAAUCCAAUAGUUCUUGGUCAAAAUUUAACACUAAAAAUAGUAGGAACAUCGCAAGUUCAAGUUGAUCAAAAUUCAAACUUAAAAGUUCAAGGGACCGGUCUUCUCUCAUUUCUUGUUUAUAAUAUUGAUUUUUGUAACGAACUUCUUGCCCCUAACGUGCCUAGUGGUUCACAAUUAUGCCCCAUUCCUGUUGGUAAUUUUGAUUAUGAUAUUACUGUUACUGUACCUAAUAGACCGGAACUUAAACCCUUCAAUGGAGUUACUGUGAGAAUUACUCUUAUAAAUCCGGAUGCUACAGAGUUGAUAUGUUUAGAAGGUCCAAUUCAAUUAACUUCAUGA